UUGUGUUUUGUUUUGUUUUUUAGUUAAGUUUGGCAUUUAAAUGACUGAAUAUGUCAACUUGCAAUAGAGAUGUCUACCAAGUAGCAACAGUUAAGGUCUUUAAUCGAGUGAAGGGAAUUGCAAUUCAGGGUCAUUUUACUUAGCACCAGGGGCUUGGAAUGCCAGAAGAACAGAAAGAGUAGGGUUUAAAUACACUUGGAGUGGGGAAGAGUGAGCAGCAACUUAGGGGAGCAAUAAUUUACAUCUAGUGAGACCUAGGUAGAGCAAAGGGCCCCGGUGAGAUUCCCAUCUGAUUCAGUCAAUGGGCUCCAGGUACAGUGAGUUUCCAGAUAUAUCACGAGAGCUGCUCUAGUCCAGAGGUCAGUGAAUUCAGGGUAGCCCUUUCUGAUAUAAAUAGCACGGAAUACUGCUAUUUAUCCAUUUCAUUUAAAUAUUCAGUUUGCUGCUAUAAAACGGUGUCAAAGUUUUUGAUGAUCUUAUUUACUUUUUUCCAUUGUGAGUUUCACCUUUUUUUUACAAUUACUAGUCAAUAAUCAUUUAUUAAAAUGCCCUACUAUGUACCAGGCAGUGUGCCAAGCUUUGAGAACAGUGUGGGAUAGAAAGACAGUCCCUGACCUCAAGGAACUUACAAUCUAAUGAGUAUAAAAUACAAAAAAGAAGUGGGGGGGGGUAGGGUGGGGGAAGAGAGGUAUCCAACAUGAGGGCAUGGUGGAGAAAUCAGUCAGAGAAGUCCCAAAGCAGUACAGCCAAAUGAAGAAUGAGUCAAAGGCCUGUUUUUUAGUUUUUACAAAAAAUUAUUUUUCUCAAUUAUCAAGCACUUAUUUUUUUCUGUUCCGAACUUCUAUUCUUUGCACCUGACCCCUCUGGAAAAAAAACCAAAAAUCCUGGUAACAGAUAUGUGUAAUAAAAUUCCCAUGUUUAAUGGACAUUUAGAUGGUGGAAAAAGCAGGAGCUUUGGCUUAUAGAAUCUAGACUCACCAGUACUCAAACAUGUUUCUUCCAGAAAAGGAUGAAAGAUUCUGUAUUGGUAAACACUCCAAACCCAAACUUCAAUUGUUGGGCUCAUUAUGGGUCAUAUUACUCAGAAUAGUCUAGUCCUUUACAAUCACUCUUCAAAUGACAUUGUCAUUACUGGAUACGGCAUUCUUUUGUUUGGCUCCUUUCAUUCUACAUUAUUUCAUGCAAGUCUCUCCAAAAAUCAACCUACUUCUCAUUUCUUACAGCACAGUAGCAUUCUACCACAAUCAUGUCACAAUUUCUUCAGUCCUUCCCAUAUUGAUGGGCAUCCCCUCAAUUUCCAGUUCUCUGCUACCACAUAGAGUUGCUAUAAAUAUUUUAGAAUACAUAGAUUCUUUUCCUUUUUCCUGUUUGCCUUAGGAAACAGCCCAAACAGUAAAUGUCUUAUAACUCUUUGAGCAUAAUUUCAGAUUGUUCUCCAAAAUAGUUGGAUCUGUCCACAAUUCCAAUAGUGCCCUCAUUUUUUGGCAUCUUCUUCAGGAUUUGCCAUUCUCCACUCAUUUUAGUUAAUUUGAUAGGUGUGAGAUGAUAUCUCAGCAUUGUUUUAAUUUGCAUUUCUGUAAUCAAUAAUGGUUCAGAGCAUUUUCAUGACUCUACAUAGCUUUGAUAGAAUAUUCUGUCAUCUUCCCAUAAUUCCUCUGUAUGCUCAACUUAAAAUUUCAUUUUGUUGUCAUUAUUUGGUUACCUUUUUAAAAAAACUCUUACCUUCCAUCUUAGAAUCAAUACUGUGGGAUGGUUCCAAGGCAGAAGAAUUAUAGUGACUAGACAAUGGCAUUCAAGUGACUUGGAUCCAGAGCUAGCAAGUUUGGGCUAGAUUUGAACCCAGGAACUCCCCAUUUCUGGACCUAGAUCAAAAUUCACUGAGCCAACUAGCUACCCUACUUGGUUGCCCUUUAAGAGGGAUUUCUUGCUUUGUUUGAUGCAUCAUAUUUUCUGCAUUUUUAUUAUAAGAAUCUUAGUUCUGAUCUAUGUUUAAGGAACAACAGCUCUUUUACAAUUGCCAUCAUCUGCUGAUAACUGUGGUUGAUAGUGUUCUGUUAUUUCUUUGUAUUGUUUAGACCGACCGAAUUGGCUGGUGGUUGAAAAUGUCCUUGCAUCAUGCAGCAAUAUUUUGAGAAUAUUGAAAAACAUUGUUGAUUUAUGUAGAUUGAUACCCAUAGAGUCUACUGAUGCAUGUAACAAAGCCUUUGUUUAAUGAGAAAGAUAUCAUAGACUUCAUGCAGAUCAGAGUAACAGAAUUGGGGAACUGGAAAAGUAUAUAUGGGAUUAAGAAAAGGAGAGUCCACUUAAGAUAUAGCUGUAUAUUACUCACAUUUUUUGAACAUUCAAAAACACCUUUAAAAAAAUCUAGAUAGGUCGUUGUACUUGAAAAAUGAUUUGCAGUCCUUCAUUUGAGAGGCAGUAGUUAUAUAAUUCGCUUAACAUUUAUCAAUGAGAAUGGCAAGCCCAAUACAUUUGGUUUGGAGUGUUUAACAAUAUAGACUAUUUCAGAAUGUCCUUUUCUGGCAGAAAUAGGUUUGUGUUAGUGAGUCUAGAUUCUAUAAACCAAAGCUGCUUCUUUUUCUAUCAUAUAAAUGUCCAUGGAAGCUGACCUUUCCCAACUCAAAGAGCAAUAUGACUUCAGAUAAACAAUUCAGAGUUCCCUCAUGGUGGAUUAAGUCACCUAACUAGUAAGUUAGUGGUGUCAAGAUUCUCCAGAAACACACACUGAAACUUGCCAAAGUUCUAAGCUAGUGUCUUCCUUUUAUAAUCUUUUCCCAUCUGAUUGUGUUGAUUGAUUCAAGAUGAACAGGUUCUAGGCAACUAGGUGGCACAGUAGAUAGCAUGCCAGGUCUUAAGUCAAGAAGCUCCUCUUCUUCAGUUCAAAUCUGGCCUCAGAUACUUACUGUGUGACCCUGGGCAAGUUACUUAACUGUGUCUGUCUCAAUUUCCUUGUUUGUAAAAGGAGCUGGAGAAGUAAAUGGCAAAUCACUGCAAUAUGAUUACCAAGAAAACUCCAAAUGUAUCAGGAAGUCUUACACAACUGAAAUUACUGACCAACGAACCCAUUAUUUUUAUACUCAGUUCUGACUGAUUCAGUUUUUAAAAAGUUCUUCUUGUCAGGCAUCAGAGCCCAAAUGAAGUGAUUUCAACCCAACCUUUACUUUUAGCCAUAGUAGGAAAGAGUCACUCUAUGAAUUGAUUUAGUUGAGCUCACCAGGGUUUUUUCACAAUGCUGUUGUACUGAAAACAUAAUGGAGGAGCCAAGUGAUUACUCAGGCUUGGACUUUUGUACUGAAGGCUAACAGGAAGUUAGCCAAUGACCCCAGUCUUUAAUCUCUUAAACCAGAUCCUUGUGGCCAUUAUUUAUCAGCCUCCAGGACAUUCUCCUUCUUUUCCCAAUGAAAUUAGUACUUGGCUCAUAAGCUUUCCACCAGGACUGCUCCUAGGAAAGUAAAGUUCAACACAGACACCAAUAUUCUCUUAACACUCUUAACUUCCAAGUUCUUCAAACUACUCAAGUCCUGGGAUAACUUCCUCAACUCCGUUUUAGUCCUUCAUCUUGUUAGCUGCUUAGAAACACCUCAAAGGGUUCCACAUUCAUGACUAACUUCCUAAUGUCCUCAGUACAAAAGCCCUAAUUCCUAAUUAUUUGAACUGGCAAUAAACAUAUUAUGAAAAUAUCUCAUAUGACAAGGAAUAUUUUUUUAAAAGGAUGAGAAAAAUAAUCACCGAACUCUAUCAGUACAUUUAAAAAAAAAAACCCUGCAAACACUUGCAUCAUUUCAGAACUGUAGACCUCCUACCUCUACAAAGAAAUGAGGGAAAAUGUUUUCUUCAUGCCUCUUCUUUGGGGCCAUGUUUUUUUUUUUUUGGUCAUGUUUUGCAAAGUUCACGUUCAGUUUUCCUGUGCUUAUUUCCAUCGUAUUUACCUUUCUUGGUAUCGUUCAUUUUAUUUUGGUUCAGUUUAUGUACUUCUAUACUGUCGUUUGUAAUUUUUUACAGCACAGUAAUAUUCCGUUACAUUUAAGCAAGGCAAUUUGUUUAGUCAUUCCCUAUUUGAUGGGCAUCAACUUUGUUUCAAGUUCUUUGCCAUGCCACAAAGUACUGCUGUAGAUAUUUAAGCUUUUUAUUUGGGACUUUGUUGGGGUAUAAGCCUGGUAGUAGAAUCUCGGGUCAAAAAUUUAAUAUCUUUAUUUGCAUAACUUCUUAUUGCUUUCCAAGAUGGAUGUCCCAACUUUUAAACUCUAUCAGUAAUGCACCAGCGUACAUCUCUUCCCACAAUCCUGUCCAGCACGGACUGUUCCCAAGGAGUCGUGGGGGAAAGCUUAUUUCUGUGGCUAUUACUACACUAAAAUUUCUGAACUCUGCAGUAGGUCCUUCCAUAGGGGAGAUUGCAGCCUCCUUAAUCCGCCCUCAAGCCAUGGGACAGCUCCACCCCUAGCGAUCAUUGGUCAGUUGGGGCGCACGCACUCAUUAGGUGCCUGCGCAGGCGCAGUGCCUUCUAGGAGGCAGGGGCCCUGCCCUCGAGGAGUUUACGGUCUAACCAGGGAGACAGUCUUGCUUGCGGGCUUCAGGAGGAGAGGGCCAGACCCAAAACGCUUCGGUGGCCUCUGGUAUAGGCCAGCGCUGCUCGCCUCCUAGCGGCCUGACGGAGCCGGCAUUUUACCUGGAGGCAAACUUCCGGUGCGGCCUCGCAGCGGAGAAGCCGGAACUGCUUAGAAGAGCCUCGGCGUCCUACCCAUUUCCGCUUCCGCCCGGGCCAACCCUCGCCCCUACUUGGUCGCCGUCUUUAGGGGCGCGCGACCCGGGCGCCGUUUGGUUUGAAAUCUGGUUUCCCUGGUAACAGGGAAGAGCAUCGAGGAGUACGCCAGGCCCAACGUGCCCUCCCCCAUCCGAGGCUCUGUCGCUCAGAACGAGGCCUUUCCCUCCAGCCCCCUGUGAGGUAGCUGGGAGGCACCGCCCCCCACGCCCGCCCCCUGAAGGCGCGAAGCUAGGAGGCGAGGCAGACGGAGCGUGAGGCGCCUUUGGAAUGUUUCUCCGGAUCCGCACCCUGAUUGGCGAACGGCGCGGGGUCUGCCCCCGACUCUGGGAUUGGCUGCUCUGGGCCGCCCCGGAGCUGCUGUUCAGGCGACGAUAGGCCGGUUUGAGUGCAGCCGGUGACGGGGAAAGAUGCCCGGGGUCCUGCCCAGUGAGAGCCACGGGCUGCUGGCGGCCAGGGGGAGCCCCAAGAAGAGCCGCCUAUCUCUCAAGUUCUUCCAGAAGAAGGAGACCAAGAGGGCCCUGGACUUCACGGGGGAUGUGCAGGACGAUGAGGAUCGUGGGCCUCCCGAGGCGGGGGGAGCCGGAGGAGCAGCCGCCCCCGAAGUUGAUCAAGUGGUGCCCGCAACUGGAGUGGCCCAGCCCUCCCCCUUGGGCACCUGCGACAAGAGGGAGACCCUCCUGCCCUUCGUGGGGCUCAACAACUUGGGCAACACGUGCUACCUGAACAGCAUCCUGCAGGUGCUGUACUUUUGUCCUGGAUUUAAAACUGGAGUCAAACACUUGUUUAAUGUCAUUACAAAGAAGAAAGAAAUCCUCAAGGAUGAAACCAAUCAAAAAGUGGAGAAGGGAAAUGGCAAAGACGACAACCUGGCAAGUUAUGAAUUAAUAUGCAGUUUACAGUCUUUAAUAAUUUCAGUUGAACAACUUCAGGCCAAUUUUCUUUUGAAUCCAGAGAAAUAUACGGAUGAACUUGCUACUCAGCCACGGCGGCUACUUAACACUCUCAGGGAGCUGAAUCCCAUGUAUGAAGGAUAUCUCCAGCAUGAUGCUCAGGAAGUAUUGCAAUGUAUCUUGGGAAACAUUCAGGAAACAUGUCAGCUCUUAAAGAAGGAGGAACUGAAGAACAUGCCAGGAGAGCUGGAGGAAAAGCCUUCUCCAAGAGAAGGCAGUGAAAUUAAUGCCCCAGAUGAUGAUGGAGUGGCAAGCUCUGCAGAUGGGAAGGACAAGAUCUCCAAGGGGAAUGGUAAAAGGAAAAGCGACAGUGAAGUGGGGAAUCCCAAGAAGAAGUCUAAGCUGACCAAGGAGCAGACGUCAUCUGAAGAGAACCAGAGACAGACCAGGUCCAAGAGAAAGGCCACUGGGGACACUGCUCGCUCUGAAAGUUCUCCUGAAGCGACCCCCAAGUGUGCCACUGAAGGUGACCCUGCCCGACCGACCCAGAAGAAAUCAAGACUCAAGCUAAACUGGCUAAAGCCCACGACAAAGCAGCCCAGCAUCCUUUCCAAGUUCUGUAGUCUGGGGAAGAUCACGACGCACUCGGGACCCAAAGGACAUUCCAGAGAAGCCGACGAUGGCGAUCACGAAGAGGAUUUCAAGUGUGAGCCCAGGAGCUACUUGAAAGAUGAGUCUGGGGAGCCUGCACCCCCCGGCAGGAGCAUGGAGGACAAAGAAACGCAGGCCUUAAGAAACAAAGGGAUGGAACAAGUUUGUUUUGAGCUGGUGGAGAAGUUAUUCCAAGGCCAGCUGGUUUUGAGAACUCGGUGCUUGGAGUGUGAGAGCUUAACAGAGAGAAGGGAAGACUUCCAGGACAUCAGUGUGCCGGUCCAAGAGGAGGAGUUUUCCAAAGUGGAGGAGAGUUCAGAAAUUUCACCAGAGCCCAAGACGGAGCUCAAGAGUCUCAAGUGGGCCAUCUCGCAGUUUGCCUCGGUGGAGAGGAUUGUGGGGGAGGACAAGUACUUCUGCGAGAACUGCCAUCAUUACACAGAGGCGGAGCGCAGCCUCCUCUUUGACAAGAUGCCCGAGGUCAUCACCAUCCACCUGAAGUGUUUCGCCGCCACUGGCUUGGAGUUUGACUGUUAUGGUGGCGGCCUUUCCAAGAUCAACACUCCCCUGCUGACGCCCCUGAAGCUGUCCCUCGAAGAAUGGAGCACGAAGCCGACCAACGACAGCUAUGGACUGUUUGCGGUCGUGAUGCACAGUGGCAUCACCAUCAGCAGCGGCCACUACACUGCAUCCGUCAAAGUCACUGACCUGCACAGCUUGGAGCUAGACACGGAACACUUCAUGGUGGACCAAACGGACGAGAUGGGGAAGCCCGACCCCCUGGGCGAGGAGGAAGCCAAGGCUCUGGCCGAAGACUACGACGACGAGGUAGCCUUCAGGGUCAGCGGGAGCUCCCAGGCCAGCAAAGUUCUGAACAAAAAGAACGUUGAGGCCGUCGGACUUCUCGGAGGACAGAAGAGCAAGCCGGACUAUGAGUUUUAUAACAGCCACAAAGCGGCGAAUCCCGAGAAGGUGGUUGGGGCUGCGGCUGAAAGCAGAAACUCCGAGUCCAGCAGCACCGCUGGGGCCCAGGAGCUGGACAGAGACAAGGAGCCCAGCGGCCACAUGGACGCUCAUGCAAACGGGCCCGAAAACAAAGCCUCCUACGUGCUCCAGAGCUUGAAGGAGUAUGAGGGCAAGUGGCUGCUUUUCGAUGAUUCUGAAGUGAAAGUGACGGAGGAAAAAGACUUUUUGAAUUCUCUUUCGCCUGCGACAUCUUCCACGUCCACUCCUUACUUACUGUUUUAUAAGAAAAUUAUAGAGUGAGUGUAUUUUCUUUGUGUAUAUAAACAGAUUGGGAUAAUCUUAUAAAUAGAGGUGACAGCAAGGACUCCUUGAGGUAGCAGCAGCUCAUUUGCCUUCGGAAGCUCCCGGGUUACUACUGGUCUCUAGUUUUCAUAUGAGUAGCGAAAUUUGAAUAAUUGAAAAACCCUGUUAAUUUGUAGAAUUCAUUUUCCACGUUCACUAACCACUCUGCUGGAGACUAGCAAUCUGUGUGCUUCUGAGGACAAACUUGUGUAGUUUCUUGAACAAUUUGUCCAAAUAGAGCUCUUUAAAAACACUUUUUUUAAAGAAGUUUUACACCUGUCUUGUAUUGGCUUUUAAAAAUAAAGUGCUGUAUUUGUAUUUUCCAUAUUUGGGAAUAAUUCUAUCUACUGCCAAAAUGUUUAUAGAUUGUGUGGUUUUGUAAUUAGGAGGCAGCUAUCUCAUUGCAUUUAGUUUUAUGACAACGUUAUGAAACAGAAUCUCUGAAGGCUGUUAGACACACAGAUUCUAGAACUUGCAUGUUCACACCGGUGUUAAUUUUGUGCCUUGAAUCACUUUGGAAGGUAUAUCUCAGAAGGCCUAGGACAGCAUCCUUGCCCAUCACUAUCUUAGGAAGGAUUUUAUAUAUACAUAUAUAUUUAUGAUUAUGAUUUUGUACUUUAGCAGAUCAGCCUAGGUUUGGACAGAGUAGUCUGUAUUUCUUCAUAGUCAUAUUGCUAUAUAAUUUGUAAAUAGGAUAUAAAGAUUUAGAGGUAUGACCUUUAGGCUUUUUUUUUUAAGCAGGGAGGGCGAUUCAAUUUAAAAUGCUUCUUAGCAACUAUGUAUACAAACGCACUAAAGUUUUGUACUUACAGCUUUCUACCCUACAGCAUCUGGUUUCUUUUCAAGAACAGAAUUUGUGUAUAUAUGUGGAAUAAACAUUCAUAAUUACCUUUA